GCUCCGUUGACUUUUAAAUUGAAGCAAUCCUUCCCCAAAUCACAAAGCCAUUCCGGAAAAGAUAACAGAGCAAUCGUUGGUUUCGAUUUCCACCCGUAAAUUGCAUCGCACACCAUCCAAGAGCUGGAAAUUGGAAAAGUACACAACAGAGAGAAAAAAAACACCAAGGAUUCGAAUCCAUCUUCCCGCAGCAGAACAACAACAAGAGCAAAAAAAAGAUGACUGCAAUCAAGCAGGGUUCCAACUCCGUUCACUACACCGGCACGGAAACCAUUUCGCGGCGAACGUUCAUCGGGCCUCGUUACGAAGUGCCGCUAUUUUUGUGUAAAAGACUUUCCGUACCAGUAGAGCGGAGUGACACCGUGGAGCAGGAAGUGCUUCGAAAUGGUCGCCGAGAGCUGCUCCAAGAAAUGAAACAUUAUGGACUGCUGCCAAAUUGGAAAGCCGGCAUUGCUGUCAAUUUGUGCCCGGACUGGAAAACCUCUGGAAAACGACCCACGAACCUCUCGUUGCCCCGACCAUGCUGCCAGAAAUCACUGCGAAAUGGCCACAAGGAAUGGACCCUUCCGCCCAACAGAUAUCGAUUAGGUGGCAAUAUCUCGGAUUCCGCCAGCAAAUCAACAGGUACCAAAGGACCUUAUCAAUGUUUCACAGGGGAUCGAUUUCCGACGGUGGUUCCCGGUGUGAGCGGUGGCACUCCUGGACUGCAGCCAGGAGAGGAGCUCUAUUACGAGCAAAUUCCCAGGGAAAUGGAUAAGCUGGCUCAGCCGCGGCGGUACUUUGUGGGGAAAAUUAGACCAGGUGACAAAGCCACCGAACGACCCUGCUCGCGGCUCGCGUUAUCCACGGCGACCCUUUGCUGGCGCAAUCCGGCCGACCCGGGCCCGGACCGUUACUUCAAAGGCAUAUUCGACAUUGCUCUUCCAAAAUUGGUGGCCACCACCACAGCCGAUCCUCCCACCACCGUCCGGCACUCGUACUGCGCGGAACCCUUCCGAAGGCCACCCCCCGGACGGUAUGACCUGACCGUGUGCCGGGGGCUCGUUCCGCUGAAUGUGGCACCACCACGUCAACGGCGGCUGCGGCGCCGCCUGGAAAUGACUUUGAACGCCAGCUGGAAGCCCUUUCGACAGGUGGCCACCCUCCGGAUGCACACCGUUGACAUUCCCAAGCGGCGCCGGAAGCGGGGUCGCAACAUGAAGGUAGCCUUCGGCAGCUCCACUGCCCGCUUCAAGGAUCAGGAUUUUUUCCCCAUCGGCGCUCUCCAAUCCACGAUACCUAGCCAGCACCAGCACCGUCGUCCACGCCGGAAGUCCGCCCAAUCUGCAUCAACAGAAGGCCCUAAUCCUAAUCAAAACCACCGCUCGUCAACCAAUUUCACUGCUGACGAAGAAGAACCAACGACGGCGGUUCAACUGGCCACUCUGGACCGUACCCGGACCAAACUGUUUAUCGUGCCCCGGCGUUACCAAACGGUGGCUGCGCUGGCACGACUUUUGCAGGUGCCGCCAUCAACGCAAGUAAGGGGCGAAACGAAAAUGAGGACGUCCAGAGUUAAAAUUGAACCUGCCGAUGUUGACGUCGAGGGGAACGGACCUACGAUGGAAGCGGAAGUCUUUGAUGAUGACAGCAAGGCUGCUGUCGUCGGUGACAAAGCUAUUAAAAUUGAAGUUUGCGAUGAAAAAUCAAAUUCUAGUGAUUGAUGUGAAACUUUUUGUUGGUAUUCAAUAAACGCAUUUUGUUUGCAUUUCAAUUCAAAGAUCUCUCAAA